UAGAUGAUUUUGGAAGGGUGUUGAGACGGAAACACCAACCCUAUUGGAACCAGCAAUAGAUUAGAGAAGUCGAAGUCUUCUACGGAGUAUGGAGUAUUAGAUCAAUUUUGGGAAUAUUUCCGUACUUAUGAGUUGGAUUUCACGGGGAAUGGUUCGAACGGGCCUAGCACUGACGGAAUCCGAGCUCGGACUAUUAUGCACUGCAAACAGACAGUGGUCAAGCGGACAAAUCCCUCCACAAAAGCUACUUUUUGGGUUUUUGGGAGUUGGAGUUGUAGAGCGCGCUAGAUAUCAAUUUGUCUGUGUCUGGGAGUCUGCAAAGGACACAGACAGAUGGAUUUGGAAUCAGUAAAGAGGAUGUUGGAGCGAGGAGACAACAAGAGCGGGAAUGCUUCACUGGAUGCUCUGCCUCCCAAAUUCUUCGACCAAUUCAUCGUUCAAGGCCUCAAAGUUGAUCUGAUUGAACCUGGUCGAAUUAUCUGCACCAUGAAAGUUCCCCCUCGUCUUCUGAACUCUGGCAAUUUCCUGCAUGGUGGAGCGACAGCAUCGCUAAUUGAUUUGGUGGGCUCGGCGGUAAUCUCUAGCGUUGGAUAUGUAAUCACGGGUGUCUCGUUAGAGAUCAAUGUUUCUUACCUGGAUGCUGCGUUUCCUGACGAAGAGAUUGAGAUAGAGGGCAAAGCUUUACGUAUUGGAAGGACAAUUGGAGUUGUCAGCGUGGAGCUGAGGAAGAAGAAAACCAGGAAGAUUGUUGCCCAGGGGCGUCAUACAAAGUACCUUGCCAUCUCUAGUAAAAUGUAAAGGAUCUGCUAUUCUUUCCCUUCAGGUGGACUUCACUUAAGGUGUGUGUUGGGGGGGGAGGAAGUCAACCAUAAGAGUUUAGGGGCACUAGUUCUCAUAAACCCAAAUGAUUUUUUUUUAUAGUAUGGAGAAAAUUCAUUAAUAAAAAGUGUACAAUAGCCAGAUGGGGUGAUGGGUUAGCACCCGAUAUCGAAAAGAUAUGUAUGAAAAUGAACUAGAUCAUAAUGAGAAAAGUACUUCAUA